AUGCUCAUUGUAAAUACCCAGAACGAAAUUGAUAAUUUUGGAAAACAAUUGAUGUCCGGGGAUUCUGGUGGUAAGUCGGUGAAACCAAAGGUGGCGCAACGAAGCGAGGCACGUACCGCGCAUGUAGUCGCGACAGCUAUAAAAUGCACAUUGUGUGGGGGUUCGCAUCAUUUGUAUGGCUGUGCCGAGUUCCUUAAACUUCCAGUAGAGGGUCGAAUUAGCGAAGUACAAAAACGAGCGUUAUGUUUCAAUUGUUUAAAAUCAAAUCAUAGGAAUAAGCACUGUACGUUUGGACCAUGUAAGCGGUGCUCACGGAAACACAAUACGUUGCUUCAUAAGGAAGACCCACGACAAUUGAAGACGACAAUCACGGACCCAGUUAAAGAGCAAGGUCAAGCAAAGGAUCAAGCUACGGUUAGCAUGCAUUCUUCUCUCGCGGCUGUGCCGGAAGUGCUUUUGUCAACCGUGCUAGUCCAGGUUGUCGAUGCACGCGGACGCAGGCACCCGUGUCGAGUUCUAUUGGAUUCUUGCUUCCAAUCGAAUUUCAUUACACAGAACUUGUGUAACCAAGCUCAACUAACAUUGUCACCAAUUGACACGGUCGUGAACGAACUUGGACAACUGGGAACUAAAUUCAAGUACAGAACGACAGCCACGGUGGAAUCCAGAUUUGAACGCUAUGAGGCGACCAUUUCGUGCCUAGUUAUUCCAAAGAUCACGGAAGAUAUGCCAAAUAUUCCGUUGGAUAUUACACAACUGAAGAUACCAAAAAAUAUUGUAUUAGCGGAUCCUCAGUACGACAGACCAGGACCGAUAGACAUGCUCAUUGGAGGAGAGCUAUUUUGGCAGUUGCUCUCAGUGGGCCAGAUCAAAUUGCUCGGAGAGCAACGAGCGGUCGUGCUACAAAAGACGAGACUCGGUUGGGUAAUGGCUGGACCAAUGGCCGUUCCUCUUAAUCAAGAGAAUCGGCAGAAGGCACGAACUUGCCAUUUGAUCACAACCAGUGAUUUACAGAUGCAGUUGACAAAAUUUUGGGAAAUUGAGGAUUGGAGCGCUUCCAAAGGAUUGAACCCGAUUGAUAAGGAAGAUGUCUGCGAGAAACACUUCAUCGAAACGACCGCACGCGAUGAAUCCGGACGUUUUAUUGUCAGCAUUCCAUUCAAGGACAAUGUAAAGAACUUAGGGGACUCUGAGGAUGUUGCUUUGUGA